AUGAGAAGGGAAGAGCCGAGGAGAUUGUGCGGCAGAUUUUUGACGACCAAAGUGAAUCUGAUGUGCAAGGGUUGCACGAAACCGGUGGCCAACUCGAAUGGUGAAGUUGGUACUGGUUUCUCCGGCCUUGCGGACAUCUGUUGUUAUAAGGGAAAAUGCACGGAUUCAAUCGUCAAGCAACAUUGUGAUGAUGAUUGUAAAAACCAU